AUGAGAUGCAGAUGUCGUCGUGUUUGUUCUCUCUGGUCCGUCCUUACCUUGCUCUCCACUAGUUUUCUGGUUUGGUGGACGGUUGUGGUCGACGAGAAAGACGACGGAAAAAACGUGGCGUUCGUGCGUGUAUUUAUCCACAGAAGUAGCGACGAGUCCAUAUCGACCGGCGGGCGAUCGGAUGGGCGAGGAGGGGAAGAGGCUGAAAGUGUCGACGAGGAGCGUGACAUCACGCAGCAGCAGGAGCGCUUCGUGCUGCUCCGCAAGUUCCACCAAUCCAGCUCUUUUUUCGGCGGUCACAGCCACAAAGCGUUAUCCGACGCAGUGGACGACAACAAUGCCGAGGCAACCACCGCUGGCGCGAUGGUGUUCGCGGAAAAUGGUGACGCAGCAGCUGAAAAAUAUUCUGUUGAGGAAACAGAACCAGGGUUGUCAUCGGGUUCAAGCUCACCAAGAGCUGACGAGGUGGACGCAGGCCAUGAUCAAAUACACUACGAUAAAAAUAUGCUGGACCCCGCCGCGGCGCUUGUUUCUGACGAAAGCCAUCGUGUGCGUACCGCACAGUCAACUUUUCGAUCUGCGAAGUACCAGGAGCCAUUCUUCUACACCACAAGUAAGAAACAACCCUAUCAGCAGAAGAUGCCCAUAGAAGUGCCGGCAUCAGACGACCGCGGCUCAACGACGUCUGCGGGCGACAGCAGGGCAAGCGACGGAAAUGAUGGGAAUAAAGAGAGGAAAGCGGGCUCUUCAAACUUGAACUCAAGGACUUUCUACGUCAAGGGCUCGAACACUGUCAAGAAAACACUGCGUGUACGCCGGAUCAAAGUUUUCGAGGACGAGGUUGGAGAAGCAGGACAGGAGGACACGACAGGUAACGUCGCCAGCAAAGCAAAAGCACCGCGAAAGCAACUGCCGCGUCGUGCUUUGUCCCCCCAAAAUCUGUGCCCGCAGGGUGUUGCGAAUUUGGAAAAACAGGCUCGCACACGCACGGUUCCAGCGUCGAACAUUUUUGUGCCGAUACCUCCCGGCGACAAGGCUGAGAAGGAGUUUCGCGAAUCCGUAUUUGCAGAAACGUACAACGAGUCGCUUUUCCCGAGGAGUGCAAGAAACAAGGGAAGCAAAGCGACAGCUUCUGCGACGGUUUCCUCCUCCAUCAGCGAUCGUGUGAAAAAUAAAGCUUCUCCCGGUGCUGGGGUGGUGGACGAGAGCACCAGAGCGACUACUAGACACCACGACCAAGCCUCAACCAGACGUCCACAUGUAGUUGAUAAUCACGACCCGUUAAACCAAAACCAGCCUAGGGUGACACUGUUCGAUCACGCAGCGCAAGAUGCGUCCGUCGCGCUGAUCUCGAAGUUUUUGGAGGAGAAGAAAAUUCUGCAGCGCGGCUCCCCCACACUCCUCUCCGCCUACCUGGAGCUGAACCCUCGGGCCUUUCGGAAGGACGUGUGGGCAGUGGCUUUACUCUAUUUCUGCGGUGGGCUCACGCUUGACGCAAAAAUGUUUCGGCCGCCGUUUACGAACGAAGACGAACGAUUCACGCAGUACAAGAGACCAAGUGUUGAACCCAACGCCGUCGCGUCUGGCGCUUCCGAAAGGUUGAACGACGUCGAAGGCGGCGGGUUCCAGCUGCGGCCUUUGCUUGAAAAUUUCUUCGAGUUCCAGACACUGGGCGAUGUUACUAGGGGAAGAAGUAAACAAGUAGGAGAUGAUCGUGACGAAGAGCAAGAGAUCGGACGGGGCCACCAGGAGCAGGGUCCCAAAACCAAAAAUGGAACAAAAGGCAGGAGCGCCAAAGUACCAAGGCACCAGCGGCAGCCACAAUCUACGAACCCAAGACUGCCUCCAAGAAAUCACUUUUCGCAGCGUCGUCCGGGCGAAGUGGCGAUUUGCUACGAUUUUCCGUGGCACGACCACCGUACGGUGAUGCGUCACAAAACCACGACGUCGACGUCGAAGACCAAAAAUCCUUUGCAGCUGAUCUUCCUGCAGAACGCGAUCUGGGCGACCUACCCGCGCAACCCGGCGCUGCUGUUUAUUUUGCAGCAGCAAAUCUGGAAUAUUUUCCAGCAUUCCUACGGCGAGCAGAUCUCGAGAGAAUUUUUCCGAGCACACAAGCUCCUCGCUUACUCGAGCUUGGUGGAAGACAAGGCAGCGAAUGUUGGUCCGCGACCUCAUCUUGGAGGUGGGCACGGCCGCGCACAACUGCGUGCUUUGUCCAGCAGUAGCACUGGUGAUAUCGGCGGUAAUGGCGUUCUUGAGAAAACCAACUCCAAGAUGGUGAACAGCACAGCCCUAGCUGCUGGAGUUGUUUCCGGCAUCCACCUCGGUAGAAACUUUACGAAAGAACGCGAGGAGCAACAGGCUCGGUGGAAGAAGUUUGAGCAAGCGAAACGGGACGAAGUGUUUGGUUAUUUGUCUAUCACCGGCCCGGGUGCGUUUGCCCAGGGUCUUUUUCGCAGUGCCUGCCUGCGGAAAACCUUCUUGCCCCGGUGCGUCGCGGAGUGGAAUAUUCCAGGGGUCCGGGAGCAGGUGUGUGACGCCGCGGUGAAGAUGCAUAGCAAUGAUCCUGCACGAGGAUCAUCUUCAUCACGGACGGAGGCGGAGCAUCGAACCUCCUUCGCCGCCGGCAGCUCCGCGGGCGAUGACACUAGCCGCGCACCAGAUGAGCGACGUGGUCCGUUCGUCACUGAAGAUGACGUUCUCGAAAAGCGGGAGCUUUGCAAGGCCGUGCAGAAAAAGGAGGUGCUGUGGUACUUUGCGACCUUUGCCAAAGAGUACCAGAAACGCUUCAUGGCCGGGCUGGUCGGCUUGGGCGGAGAGGACGUCGAGGAGAAAUGGAAUGCAUCUUCCUGCGACCACAGCCAACUGAUGCGGGAAUUUUACGCUGCGGAUUUCAAAAAGCAAGAUCAUGCUACGGAUUUCACGAAUCAUCUAGCACUGCCCGGCGGGAGGAGCGGUACAAGAGCAGCAGGACGAGGUGGCACUUCUACUACAAGACAGGGCGCAAGAGGUCAUGUAACGGGAGCAGGAAGAGGAGCUUCGGACGUUAACCCAAACAAGAUCGCCGCGGUCGAGCUCUUGUUGGAUUUUCGCAGCGACAUCUACCUGCACAAAAAAGUGGACUUUGCGAAAAAUCUACUCAUCGCGAGCUCCAUGAGCACGUGGCGUCGACACCACACAGCGUACGACGAAGCAACUCUGCAGACGAGCAAGAAUAAAGGGCGGGAGAAGGGUUUUGAAAAUAAAGACAAAAGCUUUUCUGGUCGUGCAGGAGCCCUUUCAGCGGUGGUGAAGGAUGGUGAACAGGGGGGGAAUAGUGCGCACGCCAACAAAGUUCUUCGGGGAGCUCCAGGUUUAGUCCAAACCAGCGUAUUAAGACCGUCAAGUGCAGUUGCCGCACGUGCUACCACAGCGAGAAAAGCCAGUCUUCGACGGUUUUUCAAGGCGAGAAUGCAGGCAGAUGAAGGCGGGGACGACAAGAAAAAUAGAAAUACCCACAAGAGAAGUAGACCUCCCGACGAACUCCCCGCGGGUGUUUGGCCGCCCGGAGUCUGUAGCACUUGGAACGCUAUCGUGUUUUACGGCGAACUCUACUGCCACGAGGUGGAGCACUGCCCCCAAGCAUGCGGCGAAACAGACGGAACGCUGCAGAAACUCGGAUUACUGCACAAGCUUCCUACGACGAGCGACCGCCCACACUUUCAUCAAAGAAGCAGGGACCAAGAAGCAGGCAGUGGAAGCCGCGAGCAGGAGGUGGAAGAAAUUGAAAAUGGAAAAAAUCCUUCAGCUCGCCUGGAUGUGGCCGAGGCUGGUACUCCGGCAACGACGUUGGGAGAUUCUCAAGGCGCCGAGCCGCCCCUACCGGCCUCGACAAGUGCCACCGGGGACUCGGCUGCUACCGGGUUCAGUAGCAUGACUUCCUGGCUCAGCGAUUGGGCCUUUGGAGGCCAGAAGGAGGAGGAACAAGAUCCGCCAGGUGCUAGUGAAGUAGUGCAAGAAGAACCUCUCGCCCCUUCACCAUCUCGUGGGGUAGAAUCAAGACCAGCAUCUGCAUCAGGAGCUCCUCCUCGGUGA